AUGCAUUAUCAAGGAGAUUCUUGGGGUUUCUAUUUGCCGACGAGGAGCAUAGGGUCGGAUCCGAUGGAGAGGGUGGUGAAACUGGCGUCGGAGAGCGCGGUGGUGAUAUUCAGUUUGAGCAGCUGCUGCAUGUGCCAUGCUGUGAAGAGGUUAUUCUGUGGAAUGGGAGUGAACCCUACGGUGUACGAGUUGGACCAGGACCCUAGAGGGAAAGACAUGGAGACCGCAUUAAUGAGGCUGCUUGGCAACUCGCAGGCGGUGCCGGUUGUUUUCAUCGGAGGGAAGUUGAUCGGUUCCAUGGACCGAGUCAUGGCAUCCCAUAUUAAUGGAACCUUAGUGCCACUUCUCAAGGAGGCCGGAGCACUUUGGCUCUAGUUUCUGACAUUAUUAAUUAGUUGUUAGAGAACAAAAUGCCUAAUAAUUAACCAGGGAAUUUACAAUGUGCAUGUACAAAACAAAAAGGAAAGUGUAGGAGUUGUGUCUGUGUUGAUUAUCUCUGUUCAUUUUUAUUGCAAACGAAUUAGACUGUUUUUAGUUAUAGUUUGUUUUGUUUUUCAAUAGGAGAAUUUGAGGUCU